GAGGAAUCCCUGCAGCUCAUUCUGCACUGUGCCGCUGGUGGGUAUUGCUCUUCCAGAGGGCUCAGUCCUCAGGAGGACAGGUUUUGAUGACCUAGUCUGAUUACAGCAUCUUUGACAGCUUUAAAGGAAUUUGCUCGAGGGAAGGCGACAGCUGCUGCUCUGAUGAAGGAUUUUUCUGAGCAGGCCUCCCAAGCAAGACAUGUCAGGAUGAGAUGCUGCCUACGCUUUUCAUCACAACCAACAGGUUGUUAAACUGCAAUCAAAAGCACUUAGUAGGAAUGGAUCUGUCCCUAUUAUGAGAUUUGAACUCCUGACAUCUUUAUCCAGUGGAACUUGAGUGCCCAGGACACAACCAAGAGGGGAUUCUGAGAUCGUUUUUCAACCCCUGCGACUGUGAGCCAGUUGCAGCAUGAGGAAAAGCCCUCCAACACCCCAAUGUACAGGAAAGAGAAGACAGAUGACAGUAGCUGUCCUCCUUCAAUACUGAGGAAAAGGCCACCUGUGGACCAGGCUGUGGGGGAAAAGCGGAAAGCAGAGAGAAGGGUUCGAUUUCGUGAGCCGGAAGAAGUCAUUGAGCAUGUUAUUUCCUGCUGUGACUACGUAGUGGUACAUGACAGGUCUUCACCUGGAUUGCCUAUGCUCCUGGGGCUAUCAUUUUGUGUGGUACUGAUCCUGGCUGCAAGUCUCUUCUACACCAGCAUGAAGCAAGAUACCAAAGUCCUGGAAGAGUUUCAAUCCCGACUUGUUAUCUUCUUUCUUCAGAUAAGACACAUUGCUCAUAGAUGCUGGACCUGGUUUACAAGGUAGUAGCAAUGUCCUCCAUUUGCAGGAAGGCAGCACUGAUAAUCACCACGUGUCAGAGAGAACCUCCCAGCCCCCUCAGUCCACACGUAAGGAACACGAGUAUCCACCUUGAAGAGCAAAAAAAGCCACCCAUUUUGUGCACUUUCUAACAUCUACUUGUUCUCUCUUUUUUUAAAUAUAUAUAUUUUUUAAUAUUUCUGAAUGAUAGUAGUAGCACUAAGAGGUCCCACCAAACUGAUGUUCCAUCACCCUUAGCAGCAAACAAGGGUAUGAGUUUAGUCCCCUGAAGAGACUAUAAACUGUUGCUAUAAGGAGCAGAGGCAGAGAGAGGAAUUCAUUGAUCUGUGCAUGCAGAAGUACAUUGAAUAGAAGUCUCCUGAGUCUCAGGUCAAAGAAUAAACACCAAACCAUUUUUCUCCUCAAGCCUCUUACGUGCUAUUCUGCAAAGUUUAACAUAAAGCUGAACUAUGGCACAAACACUGCUCCGCUGGCCAAAGGCUUGGCAAGCUGCUAUAUUUAUAUACUUGAAAUGAUUGCUAGUAAAAAUCUCAGCAAAUGGC